AAUCCGCACCAGAACAGCAGCAUGGAGGAGUGCUGUUUGACUUGACAGAUGGCAGGCGGGAGACGCUCCUCACGGCUGUCUCUCUCGGUCCGUUGGUCCAUCCCGGUUCCCAUUGUCUCCCCCUCCCCAGUUCUUCAAGACAAAUCCUGAGGCAAGAAACUGAACCCGGACGUCAUUUGGCUCGGAUCCGCUUUUGCGCGUCACGUCUGGAGACUUACUUUCGACCUGGAAUUUAACAACGCGAAAUUCUGCGCGAAAUUCGGACACCAGUGUGUUUCUUUUUGUUGUUGUUGCUUUUGUGUUUAUUAUUGUGGAAGUGUUUUUUUUUGUUGUUGUUUUUUUUAAAUCAUAAAGAAGAAGGCUGGGGAUAAUCGGAUCACGGUUCUCACCAAGAGAGAGAGAGAGAGAGAACUGGUUGUGGACCUGAAGGGGAGAUGAUCCUAAGGAAGGGGACUCAUUAGACAGAAGAGCCACAGAAAUCAUCUUCCAGGAGGCUGACGUAUAUCAGGAGACCCUAUCAACGCUUCCACUCUCCACUGCCUGUCUGGAUAGAGUCAGGACAUUUAGUGGAAAAACUCGUGUGGAAAGAAGACAGCGGUGUUUAGGAGAGGAUGUUGCCGCUACGUGCCCAUCCCCUGAGAUAAGAAGAGGAGAGGAGCCCGACUGUGCGUUGGGGAGGAUUAAAGAAGAAGAAGAAAAAAAAAGAUAGACAGAUGCCAGAACCACUUUCACUUGUUUCCUCCACCUGGAAACAUAUUACCCUUACCAAAACAGGCAAUUGGGGCUUUUAAUCGGAUUAUUGAGCGAGAGAUCUGAGAGAUCUGUGGGAAUAUAUCCAGCCAGUUCCACCAUCUGUCUGGUGCUGUCCAGGAUUGUGCCAAUUCAGCAGGGAUAACGAUGAGCUGAGCCCUGAACGGAUUACCGGUUCAACUAGGUGAAGUCCGGAGGAGCCGAAUGGACACAGCUGGAACAUUUUCUCGUCAAUGCAGUGGAGUUUUAAUUGAGUUUACAAUAGGAGAAGACCUGUUUGAUUUUUCUCCACCUCCCCUGCUAAAGAUGCUCAUUGCCUGUCUCUUAUUCAAGAUAAAUAUCAACUUGUUGUCUUGAAUUGUGCUAAACUGUCCUAAAGGGCCUCUUUCCACACUCGAUCCCUGACCUGUGUUUUAAGAAAAGGAGACCACUCAUCAGCUUUUCAUCUGGAUGAAGUAGUCAGCCCUGAUUGCUGUGAGCACCAGAGAGCACAGGGGCUGUGCUUUGCUCUCUGAGGCCCCCAAGCAGUGCCUCCACCCGGGGCUGCCAGACAGCCAGACAGCCCCUCGCUGGAGGGGCGGGUGGAGGUGAAGGAGAGACUUUGGGAAUUAUCUAGAGUUUCUGGACUUCUGCAUAGAAGGAGGAGGAGGAGGAGGAGGAGGACAUCAUGGGGUGUUGCAGCGGCAGGUGCACCUUGGCCUUCAUCUGUGGCAUGCAGCUGGUCAGCGUGUUGGAGCGCCAGGUGAUCGAUUUCCUGGGCUACCAAUGGGCCCCCAUCCUGACCAACUUCCUACACAUCAUUGUCGUAAUCCUGGGCCUCUUCGGCACUAUUCAGUUCAGGCCCAAAUAUGUCACUGGAUAUGCGGCCUGGCUCGUCAUCUGGAUGACCUGGAAUGUUUUCAUCAUUUGUUUUUACCUGGAGGUUGGAGAUCUGUCCAGAGAGUCUGACCUUGUCCUGACGUUCAACCUGUCCAUGCAUCGUUCCUGGUGGAUGGAGAACGGCCCCGGGUGCAGGGUGACACCUAUCACCCCUCCUCCCUCCUGGGCACCAGAGGACCAUCGAUAUAUAUCUAUAUCUGACUGUCUUAUGAACUUUGAGUUCAUAGAAGUGGCUCAUUCCUCACUGCAGAUACUCCUGGCUUUGGCGGGGUUUAUCUACGCCUGUUAUGUGGUCAAGCUUAUUUCUGAAGAAGAAGAUAGUUUUGAUUUUAUAGGAGGAUUUGACUCCUAUGGUUACCAGGGACCCCAGAAGACCUCCCACCUCCAGCUACAGCCUAUGUACAUGUCAAAAUAAACCCAGAAGCCACUCCAGAGGAGCUGCCUUACCAACUACCACUGCUAAGAGCCCUGUGUUUACCACUCCAACUCUCUUCUAACAAACAGAGACAGAGGCAUAGGCAGAGGAUAGAUCACAGUCUCCAUUUCUUACCCCAAAUACCCUGAAAAGCUCAAUCAGAUGGGAUCCUCUGGCUCCGGUUGUCUACUGAUGGAGUCCCUGAUGAAAUACUGGCAUCAUGUGGCCGAAAGUGGUAACUGCAACACUUGUGAGCCGCACUUAUUUCAUAUUUUUGGAGUCCUGUUAUUAUUUGCCUCUGUUUUUUUUUUUUCUUUUUUUUUCUUUGCAAACGAAUAUCAGUGUUGUAAGGGGAUGAAAUAAGGUUGGCUUUUCCUCAGGCCUUCUGGAAGAAUCUAAAAUCCUGCUGACAAAUCUCAGAACUGAGUCCAGUACCUUCAAGAUACAGUACGAAAAUGUUCCGGCUCAAUACUCCUUGAGUUGUUUCACGCAGAUACGCCUGACCAAAGACUUAAAAAAAGAGAAAACACUCUAAAAUCUAACUGAGCUUUUUCUGCUCUCGGUGCCUGACAGUUUACUUACCGGACUUCCUACCAGGAACCUGCAAAGGAGGACAGACAUCGCUUUUCUAAAACCUACCUUUUCCUGCUGCAUUCAGGAUCUCAUCAUUGACUGCAAAAGGUGAAACUGCGAAGGAAGCCCAGGCUCGCUUUUCACCUGUGUUUUAUGAAUGUCAACUAACGGUGUGAUGUGACGACUUACAGGCUCGCAGCUCACACAUGCAUGUGGACAAGAUAAGCACGCAUGCACACUUACACAGGUCCUUCUUACUAAUGUGAAUUUUAACAAUGUUUACAAAAAGUGAUGCUGUCUACUCGACAGAAAGUGUGGACAGAAAUGGACAGAGGUGACCCAGUUCCUCACCUUUAAGCUGCAGCGUAUCGAGACGACCGAGGCUCGUCUUGCCGCCCUGUCUAAAUAUUUUGUCUUCCACUCAAGACAGACGCAAAGAGGUCGACAGAAAGAGCAAAGCUCCUCCUAUCCGUCCUAUCUACAGACCCUUAAAAAAGUAACAAUUUGAGUUUUUUCACAUUAAAGGCAUAAACUUCAACAUGUUUUAAUGUGAUAUACAAAGACAAAGUAGGACAUUGGUGGUAAAAUGAAGGAAAAAGGACAUGUUAUUCAAAAUAUUUUGCAUAGAAAAAUCUCAAUCAUUUUAUGUGCUUUUGUAGACAAUGCCUUUUAAUUCAAUACCCCUAAAUAAAGUCCAGUCCAACCAACAGCAGUCACACCUUAAUUAGCUACUAAGUAGACACCACUGUUGAGUGAUAUAAGCUCAGAAAAUCUGUUUAUUAUGGGAAAACAGAAUAGAACAGCAUCAUCAUGGCCAACCAAGACCAUCCCAUUCACCUAGGUGGAACAAGGGGAGCAUGAAUCAGAGAACCAGCUAAGAGGGUCAUUGUAGCUCUGGAGAAGCUGCAGAGACUGGCAACUUCUCCAGUAUUCCAGGAUAAUAUUUUGACAGGGUAACUAUUAGCUAGGAACAAAACAACUCUGGCCUUUGAGAAUGGGGGGAAGAGUGAACGGUUGAUCUUUACAACAUUCAAUCCUACUUGAUCAGUGCUUGGUCAAACAUCUGGGCGACAAUGAGAGUCUUCAAAUAAAUAAUUGGUGAGGGAGAUGCGACAACCAACUCAUCUCAGGGGACUUGCCAAAACCUCUGGAUAAACAACAUGCGUGUUGUUGGCAUCACAGGAAGCUCGGGCAGGCAAGCCGAUGAGAGUGAUCGGAAGAAAGUUAGAAGCUUUGAAACCUUGGGACUGAUGCAGAGGUUCCACUUCAGUCCCAGAGAAAUUUCUUAAAUGUUAGCCAAAGCUAAUAUGGAGUAGCAUAUUCAUGUAUUAAAGUGGUCCAGUGAAAGUCCAGAUGUAAAUUCAAUUGAAAAAUCUUUGACCACACUUAAAAAUACAUGGUCCCAGAUGCUCUCCAUCCAAUCUGACUGAGUUUGAGCUUCUUGGCAAAUAUACAUGUGAAAAUACAAAUCCAUAACAGACCCUUAUGACUUUUUUUCUUUAAAACUUGGAAAAUGGCAUGUCUUUAUCCUUCAGUGUUACAGCUGUGCUUUGUGUUGGUCUAUCACAUGAAAUUCCAACAUAGUAUAUUAAAAUUUGUAACUGUAGCAUGAAAAAUUUUCACUUUUUCACCAUUUUAUCAGGUGAAAAUUAGCUUUUUUUGCAACUUUUAUCAACUGGCAAACAUUAAUUGUUCAAAUCAGCUGAAACUAAUGCUUACACACAUCCCCAGUAGAAAAGACAAUCGCAGUCAUUUGAGUCUCGACGUGAACUGAAGCUUUAGGUACACAUGGAAAACAUAACACAGUUCUAAAUCAAACAAUUUGGUUUGUUAUUUGUUGAUUUAUUUCAAAUUCCUGAUUUGACAACUGAUGAAAUCAUGACAAGCAGAGGCUGAUUGCUGAAAGAAUCCCGCAUACUGUAUUUGGCCUCUUUUAAACAGGCAGGAGGUUUAGCAAGCCCCUUCUGUCACCUCACACCUCAAAUUUUUCUCAAGAUGAAAGUGCCAACUAAUCCCGCUCAUGAGCCACAGACUGGGACCAAAAACAGGUUGAGGCUUACUUUUUUAUGAUUUAUGUAAGAAAAAGUGAAGAUGUUGCAAGAGAAGAAAACCCAGACAUACACCAGUUGUUUUUGCUCUUCUACCUUUGUUGGGAAACACAACUAAAGUCUUACACAUUUUCAUUAACUGGACCAAAAGUUUGAGGCCUUUUGCUGAAGACACCCUCCUCUCGACGUACAGAAGGACUGCUACCCUGGUUUAAUCUGCAGUUCUCUUCAGCAGUUUUACCCGUUUUGUAACAAAACUUUGUGGUUUACGUUCCGAGUCGCUCCGCCUGGAGGACACAGACGGGCAUUUUUGUGUGUUUGCAUGAGGUGUUUCCAAACUGUUGCAUAUUUAAUCUCAUGCCUCGCGUGAUUCACUGGCUUCAUAAAAACAAGCAAAAAACAAACAAAAAAAUAAUAAUAGGGGGAGCUAUUUGGAUUGCUGGGUGCUCCUCGGCUUUCUUCGAAGGGUCCUCAAUGUGAACUUUGUGCGUUUUUUGUUGUUUUCUAUAAAUACGAGUCUGCAGAGUUUAGGAGAACGUAGGCACCACAAUGUACAAUGAUGAAAUGUAACUUUGAUCUUCUAGACGUUUUUUUUUUUUUUAAAUUAACAUGUGGCUGUGUGUACUGUUUUUUCUAGUUGACUAUUAAUGUAUGAUGUUGUGUAUAAGUGGGGAAAAAAACUAGAUUUUAUUUCUUCUAACUGUACAGAAUAUAUGAAAUGAGAGAGCUUGAGAAAAAUAGACUGAAAAAACUUAGCUGGACUAAAGUCUAGUUAUGUCAGGGGUGGAAAUUCAUUUCAAGUACAUUGCUAAGGCUGCAAAAUCCGUUGUCAUUUCAAUGUUCUCAAGAUAUUUCUUUUAUUAACUAAAACUGACUUGUGGUGAAAUGUUUUUGCUCCAAGAUUUAAAUUGGAUUAGUAUUAUUCGGACCAAAAAACAAUUAAUUUAUUUGCCUCUGAAGAAGGUACUUAAUUUAAACUCAACUGAUACUGUAACAA